AUGGAAGUCGUUCUUGAGCCUGUCCUCUCCGAACUCGUUAAGGGGUUGUUUAAGAUAUUGAGGUCCAAUGAAGUGCGGGACUUUGCCCGGCAACUUGUCGGAGGGGUAGAUUCAGAGAUCAAAGAGCUGGAGAACAAGUUGCAGAUGGUUGAAGACCUUCUUCGCAAAGCAGAAGACAGGCAGCUGAUGGGUAAACGAGUCAAACAGUGGCUUGACAAUCUUCAACAUUGGGCUCAUGAUGCGGAGGACUUACUGGAUGAGUUUGCCUACGAAGCUUUGCGACACAAACGCAAGGCAGAACACCAGGCUAGCUCCAGCAGAGGAUUUAGCUGUCUCCCUGCUUCUUUCUCUAGUCCUUUGUUAGCUGUCCAGAUGGGGUGCAAGAUCAAAAGAAUCAAUAGCCGGUUGGAACAACUCUGUGGGAAAAGAUCAGAAGAACUUAAGUUGCUGGAGCUUUCUGGACUGCCACCAACUAACGUCUCUGCACCGCAAAAACCAGAGGAAACUUCAAGCGUCCCACCUGAACAAGUUGUUUAUGGCAGAAAUGAAGAUGAAGCCGAACUAUUGAAAAUGGUGAAAAGCGGUACCAACUUUCAAGUGAUAGCAGUUGUCGGCAUGGGAGGGAUCGGCAAAACGACAAUUGCUCGGGUUGUGUACAACCACAAGGAGUUGGAAGAUUUCAAGUUUGAGAAAAAAGCGUGGGUGUGUGUUUCAACCACAACCACCUUUGACGUUCUCAAAAUCUCAAAGGAACUUCUUCAGCAAGUCUCAUCCUUUGAUCCAAAUAAUUAUAAUUUGAAUGAAGUGCAAGUUAAGUUGAAAGAGGCAGUAAGUGGAAAGCAAUUCUUGAUAGUAUUAGACGAUAUUUGGAAGGUGGAGUACAAGAAAUGGGAACAGCUCAUGUCUCCUUUCACAGCUGGUGCACCUGGAAGCACGAUGAUUGUGACAACACGCGAUACAGAUGUUGCACAAGAAAUAAGAUGCCCUCAUUAUAAAUUAAGGCCUUUAUCCGACGAAGCUUGUUGGUCUUUGUUUGAGGAGCAUGCAUUUGGGACUGGUGCAGCUGCUGUUCCUAAUCAAAUUUCGGAUUCAAUUUACAAGAGAGUUGUUGAAAGGUGUGGCGGCCUACCACUGGCAGCAAAGACCCUCGGUGGUCUUCUACGUUUUAAGCAGAGCGAUUCAUGGGAAAAUAUAUUGGAAAGCAAAAUAUGGAGUAUAUCUGAUGAAAGUGAUCACAUUCUCUCGACAUUAAAGCUAAGCUAUCAUUAUCUUCCUUCGAAUCUAAAAAGAUGUUUUGGCUAUUGUGCAAUUUUUCCUCAGGAUUACGAAUUUGAGGAGAAGGAACUUGCACUUUUAUGGAUUGCGGAAGGUAUUGUUCAACCAUCAAAUAAGCAACUGGAUGAGGCAAGUGAGUGUUUUCACAAAUUAUGUUCAAGGUCGCUUUUCCAACAGUUGAGUAGUGAUAGCUCUAAAUAUGUUAUGCAUGAUUGUGUUCAUGAACUUGCUCAAUGGGCUUUUGAAGGAAUCAGUUUUAGAUCUGAAGAAAAUAUUAUUGAGCUACCGGAAAAGGGUAUCAAAUCUUUCAUUUACCUGACUCAAUUGGAGAUAUGA